AUGGAAUAAACAUGUACAAUCUGUUAUUAGGAAAUGCCUAAAAUUUAUACUUUAAUUACCUUUGGUAUUUAUAGAAAGGUAUCAAUACAUGUAGAUGGAUUAUUCAGAAAUUUGAAGUAGAAUGCCAUAGUCAAAUAGAAUGUAAAGUUAAUAAAUUGCCAAAUUAAAAAUAUAUUUUUUUAAUGGUCAAAGUUAUUAUAUUUGUAAAACUUGUUGAAAAUAGUUAAAAGAUUGUUAUGGUAUAAAUAAAUUGGAUCUCAUAAUUUCUGA